AUGUUUUUCCUCAAGGAAGAGACCAAGGUCAUCACGUUGCAUCCGUCCUAUUUUGGGCCUAAUGUGCGAGAAUAUCUUAUAAACCGGCUAAACGAGGAGGAGGAAGGACGGUGUACGGGAGAUCACUUCGUGAUUUGUGUGAUGGACAUGGUAGAUAUUGGAGAAGGUCGGGUUCUACCUAGCAGCGGGCAAGCCGAGUACACAAUUAAAUACCGAGCUAUUAUUUGGAAGCCGUUCCGUGGAGAGACCGUCGAUGCCAUCGUUACGUCUGUUAAGCCCACCGGAAUCUUCACAUUGGCGGGUCCGCUAUCAGUUUUCAUUGCGCGCAAAAACAUUCCUUCCGACAUCAAGUGGGAACCAAAUACAGUGCCUCCUCAAUACACAGAUCACGCGGACCAGGUCAUUGAGAAAGGGACAAGUCUACGGCUUAAGAUUCUUGGUGUCAAGCCAGAUGUCGCCGCAAUCAAUGCUAUUGGAACCAUUAAAGAAGACUACUUAGGACCACUGUAA